CGCUACUCCGAAGUUUCCUUGAGACCUAGACUCUUAGUAUCCUCAGUUUCGUGAGGGAUUUCAUGUUUCUCUGUCAAAGAAUUUUUAAAUUCAAGAUGAAGUCAUGGUUGGCGAUCCAAUGAUAAGCUGUUGGUUUUGAAAGCUCUUCUUUUCCGGACAGGUUCUUUAAAUCUGUUGAAGAUUUCAUCGCUAUCCCCUUAAAAUAACAGCGCUCACUCGUGUUUACUUUACCCCAUGACUUGGCUUGAUGUUAUAACUGUGGGCACCAAAUACCUUCGAAGAUUACAUAGACUGCCCGUGAUAUUGCUUAAGCAACCCAGACCAUUCUUGCUUCCAAGAUACUCUGUACUGUAUCCUCGUAUCAGUUCAAAUUUCGGACGUCUAAAUAAAUAUAUCGGCAAUCAUUCACAAGUCAAUUCAUUGGUUAGAGCAGUACAUAGAAAGAUUAUAAGUAGUAGUACGCAACAACGACCAAACUCAUUACUAAGAGUAUAUAGAGGUUUUGCUGGAUCUGUUCAAUUGAGGCAUUACGUGUCUAACAGACAUGAUUAUUCUUUUCACCCGAUCAACAAAAUUUGUAAACCAAAGCAUGAAUCUUGGUUUUCAAGUAUCUUUGGCACAAAUAAAUAUCAAUCAUUGCCCAGAUUACGUACAAGUUCCGUGGACUCAAUAAACCCGAAAGAGUUUAUAGCGGCAGGAUGUAAUAGUGCUGUAUGGGCAGCUGAAGUUCGUCAGCAAUAUCCAAAUGACAAUGAAUUUAUUGAUAAAUUGGCUGUGAAAGUACUGUAUAACUAUUACGCGAAUUCAUCUUAUAAUGGACAAGCUAAUUUAGGCGAUGAUUAUAAUUCAUUACAAAAUAUUCCUGACAAUUGGGUAUUACUACAUCGUCAAAUUCAAAGAGAAUGUGAACUUCGUCCUCAAACUAAUCAUCCUAAUAUUGUUCCAUUGGUUGGACAUUUUAUUGAUCGUGCACCUCAAGUCAAUUCAGCAAAUAAUUCACUUGUUCACAAUGAUAAUUAUAAUGAAUUUAAUAAUACUUUAUUUUCUGGUCAAAUUUCACAGUUUAGCCAUAAAACUACUCAAUCAAAAUGUUGGCCAGGUGUAGAAUGCUUUUCAGAAGGCUUCGACAAUCGACCGUAUACAUUCUACAUGUUGAUGCCAAGAUUUGAAGCAACUUUGGAUGAUCUUUUACGAGGGAAUUUAAAAUGUAACUUUGAACAAUCAUCAGCUGAAAUAAAUCACGAAGGUAGUAUUGAAUCUAAGCAAAAUCAGAGUGAUAAUACUAAUCUUGCGCAUAUUAGUCAGUAUCAAAAAACAAAUGUUUCUAAUACUUUCACACCAUCUUUUCAAUUACAUAGUGAUUUACAUUACUUAUUUAAUUCAAGCCUAUCGAAUUCUGCAUACAUUAAACAUGGUGAAAUGUAUAUUCCUGUAGAAGAGAUUGUAGCUAUAAUUGCUCAGUUAUUUGAAGCAGUUGCGGAACUUGAAGCUCAUGGUAUUGCUCAUAGAGAUAUCAAACCAAAUAAUAUACUUAUACGCCGACGUGUUCCAUUUUUUAGUACUAAUCAAACUUCUGAUAUGAAUAAUGCUACACAUAAUGAUUUUGUUCAAUCCCAUCUAAACUGGUUAAAUGACAAAAAAUUACAAAUAAUUAAUUCACGUUUUCAUGUUGCAUUAACUGAUUUCGGUUGUGCUAUUCGAACUGGACAUCAUCAUUAUCAUCAUCGUAUUAAUGGUAAUAAUAAUAAUGAAAAAGAGUAUCUAAAUCAUAGUGGAAAUUUGGCAUUAUUAGCUCCAGAAAUAGCACAAAUCAUUGAUUCACUUAAAGAUAAUUCAAACAAUAUUAUAACUAAUAAAGAUUAUAAACAUUCAGAUUUAUGGGCAAUUUUAAACUAUACUGAAGAUUCUUUGCCUGAACUUCCACAUGAAGCACCAAAAAUAAUGACAUGGAUUUUACAUCAAUGUCUUAAACGUAAUCCAUCCAAAAGACCUAAUGCUGAUGAGAUUGCAGAUAUUUUGCAUACUUGGUGUCUUAUUCGACAUUUUCACACUAGACAAGAAGUUGAUAUUUUUAAAGAUUUUUCUCAAUAUCCAAUAAAUCUUAUGACAGAUAUUGGUUCUUUGACUGCAAAAUUUAAAAACUCGACAAAAUCUCAUAAAAUACAAAGUAAUAAGCUCAUCAAUCGUUUGUGUGAUCUCCUAAAUGUAUGUUGGGCAGGUGAUUGGUUAUCUGGAGCCGCUCGUCCUCCAAAUGGUAUACGCUCUCUGUUUUAUUCACGAGCUACUCCUGGACGUUUGGCGCUUUGUUUAAAUAUUGUACACCAAUUGGAGUGUUUCGAUUUCCAACAUAUGUUGGAUUCCUAA